UUUUUAUUUUUACGGAAUAUUGAAGAAAUUGAAGUAUCAAAAGUGUCAAGUAUAUCUGUUGCCACAUCUUCUUUUCAAAUGGAUUCCCUUUGGAAAGCAACUGUAAAUGGAUUGGAUGAAGGUAUACGAAGUAAAAGAAAACAUAUUGUGAAUGGAGAUGUUCGAACUUUUCAGAUGGAAAUUGAACUGAUUGAUUAUUCGAACAACGUACAACAUGAUCAAUGGAUUAUUGCAACUGGUGCUCAACCUAACCCUGAUGAUCCUAAAUUACAAAAAUAUGCAGAACAAUAUCGAUUACGUGUGUUGGGAGAUCUGAAUUUUCCUAAUUAUCCUCAUUUCCCUCGAAUUAUUGUAACCAAUUAUCAAGAAAAUGAAGAGCCGAAUGACUUUAAAGGAAGAUUGUUUUCAACCUUUUCACUUCCUGAAACCACAUGUUUGUCUGUUCAUCUUAAUGGAACCUGGGCUCAAAGUUCAGAUCGGGCAAGAUUGUUGAUUGAAAAAGACGAUUUGCCAGAUAUGGAUCAUCAGAAACUUAAUUGGAAUAGACAUAUCUUACUUGAAUUCCUUCCCGAUCUUCAUUGCAAACUCUUGGAAGAAAUCAUUAAAUUGCAAAAUUAUAAAAAAAUUGAUUUCAAAAACUGUAUUUCAAAGUUUUGGCCAUUUCCGCUUUCUACACAUAGCCAUCCAAAGUAUGUAUUUAGCUAUGGUUGCAAAGUACUCCAAUGUAUGAUACAAUCUGAAAACCUUUUUCAAUUAAUCAACUCCGAUGAUCAUUUUUAUCAACAUUCUCAAAAAGUCUAUUUUUCUGAUGAGAAUAACAAUAUAGACAUUCUCUUCAAGUGCUUGUCAAUUGAUAAUAUUAAAGAUUUUUAUAAAUUACUACGAAUUAAUUGGAGUUCAUUAGUUAGAGCGAAAAAUGAAUCCCUCAAAUUAAUGAUCGGCAAAUUACCUAUUUGGCCAGUACGCUCGAAUCCUUUAAUGGAAGAUCAAUCGUUGAAUUUUGUUCCAGUUUCAAUUGGGUAUAUUUUACCCAACGAAUUUAAAAUGUAUCGGACAAAGAGUAAAAAAUUUUUUUUAAACACUACUGAUAAGGUAGACGAUAAAAUUUUGAAAUAUCUUAACGCUACCCAUCAUGAAAUUCAUGAUUAUGCAUUUAUUGAUGUUGAAUUACCUGAAAAAAAUGAUCAAGAAUAUGUGGAUUUUCUGGAUUCCGUUCUGGAGAAUGCAACUUCAGAAGAUGGAUGUAAAAUCACUAAAGAUUUAAAGAAUUAUCCCUUUCCCAAUGCAUUUACUGAUAAACUGAUGCCGAUUUCUAAACUAUUCAAUUAUGAGGAUAUUGUUUUUCGAACUGUAUUCGGAGGAGACUCAAAUGUUUUUCUUCACUUUAAUCUUGUGAAACAUAAAAGCAAAUUAUUAAAUAUUGGAUUCAAUGACAAAUUAAAUUCGGAGACAUUUAAAAUAUGUGCUUUGGAAAUCGAAGAAUUGCAAGAGAUGAACCCACCACCUGAUAUACGUCACCGUGGUUUCGUAUUGGUCGAUCAUUUUUAUAAUGUGAUGAAUUAUGAACUAAUUGAUAGGAUUCCAUUCGUUCCAAUUUCUAAAAUUUUGGACAAACCUUACAAAAAGUAUUAUAAUCAUUCUCAAUUUUUGGAUUGCUUUAAGAAUAUAGUCCUUCCCGAAUAUAAAGGUGUAGCAUGGAGUCAAAAGGCUUUAAUCGCGGAAGAUGUCAUACCACCUCAGGAUGUACUUGAUAAAUACCCAUCACUUGGUAAACCAAGUGAUCGCACGGUAAUCAAACAUCUUAAAUUCCUGCGCAAUAAAAUUAUCGAUGAUGAAUGGAUAAAUGAUUGGAAUGAUUGGAAAGAAACAUUCGUGUCUAACGUUUUUGAGGUUUAUGAAUGGCUUGAAAAAGAAUGUAAAGAAUCUAAAAAAAUUGCAAGUGGAAUAGUGAUGAAUUUGAGUAAAGACUUUAAAGAUGAACCAUUAUUCCUUAACUUUGGUAAAAGUCAAGAUCCAUUCGAUACUGAAAACUGGGUUUCUGCAAGCAAUUUGGUUUUGAACGUUGAACCAAGUGAGAAUAAAUAUAUAAAUCCUCGCCUGGCAAAGUAUUACGGAAUGUUAAAAAGUGCUGAUGUCAAAGAAGUAAAAGCACCAAAUUUCAAAAUACAAGUUAGAGAACAUGAUCAGUCAAGCAUUAAUAAAGAAUUUUUGCUAAAAAAUUUAUCCAAUCAGGUGAACUCUUUUCAUGAUGUUGUUUUUAAUGUAAAAGGCGAGAAAAUAUGGGCAAGUCAAAAUGUGCUUGCUGCGAGCUCUAAUGUUUUUAAUGAGAAAUUCACUUCAGGAGAAUGUAUAAUCAAUAUUGAUUAUGUUCCUGACUCAAUACGUAUUUUGUUACAUUACUUAUAUGGCCAAAAUAUCGAUGAUGCAAUUCACAAUCAUCCGAACACAACAAAUCAUACAUCAAAAUUCGAACCAUACCCAUACGGAGAACUACUUGCGUUGGCAAACGAUUAUGAAUUAGAUCAUUUGAAAGAGCUCAUGGAAUUAAAGCUCUCUCGAAUGGUUAACAGUUCAAACGUGAAAGAUAUAAAAAUUUUAGCAAAUUAUUUAAAUGCAAGCCAACUCGAAGAAUAUUGCAAGGAUAAUAAAAAUUUGUGA